CUGACAACUGACAACGUAAUGUUCGAUUUUUGGGGUUAAUGUUUUGACAAUCAAGAUGUCUGGGCCCAGCACCUAUGAUUUAACUGAACAAGCCCGGAAUUUAUUAGAACAAAAAGCCAAGAGAAGGGCUGUUUUACGUCAAGAAUACUUAAAGCUAAAAACGAACCCUUUCCAACAUGCCUCCGGAGAAGGAGGUGCAGUUUUUGACCCUGCCAUACAAAGAUACAAUGCAAUGAAAGUAAGUGGUUUUGAGUACUUCAAACCAACUGGAAAAAGUGCUGUUUAUGGAAUGGGUAUGUUGGUCAUACCCAUGAUGGGAUAUUUCUAUCUGAUGUACAAACAAAGAACCGAACUAGAGGCUAAAUAUAGACGUGGAGAGGUGGCAUACAAAGAUAGAAACUUUAAAUUUAUCUAAAUUAAGUGUAAAGUGAAUUGUAGUUAUUUUUUGUAAAUAAAUGCUAAUUAAGUGUAUACAUAAUUAGUGUUUGUUUGAUUAAUUUGUAAAGCUAAUGGUAGAUACUCUUAAGUCUCUGUGGCAAGCUACUUGGCUCAACAAUAAAGUUCGACUUCUAUUGCGAACCCUAACCACUAUAUGUUAUUUCAGAUAUUUAUUAUGAAACUUUUGUUUAUACUUGUUUAUGAUCAAAUCUGUAGUAUUUUUUGGAGUUGCUUUAACCAAAGCCUCCCAAACAUUAAAUUUAAUAAUUGCGGAGGAUAUUGUUCGAACAUUUAAAUGGUCAUUUAUCUUUCGGUUAAAUACGGUUUUUAAAAAAAUUAAGAUCAUUUUGUCCACAAAUAGUAGAAACAUCAAUAACUAUUAAAUUUAAGUAAUCUUUAAAAAAUAGAUGUUCUUCUUCAACCUUAAGUUUCCUAAUAUAUAACAAAACAUUCUUUCUGUAGACAUGGUUCAAUAGUGCUCCAACUUUAAGUGAGAUUUUCUGUGUUUUCUUUAAUCUAAAUAAACUGUGUUUUACAUCAAAUGAUUGUGCUAAGGAUACGUUAUUUUCGUAGUGAAUUGACAUUACAAAACUAUAUUAAACUACAGCAAUUUUCCAGUGUAUAAGUGCAUUUCAAUUCCUCUAAUUGAAAAGGCG